GUGAUUGGACACAAGUAUCACGUGGUUGGGUUCGUCAUACCAGGGAGAAUGACAUGUUUAUUUUUGCUAACAUUUCAGGAUCUUAAUGCAAAGUGGACUCAACCAUUGGCCGUACCGCAAUGGCCUCCUACUUUGAUGAACACAACUGUGAACCCACCAACCCAGAGGAACAGUAUCGUCAGAAUGCACUACUUGAAUUGGCCAGGUCUUUGAUGCAGGGCUUGGACUUAAUUGACUCGGCGGCGUUCGACUUGUCCGACUGGGACCAGCGUCUUCCUCCUCCAGCUGCUAAAACCUCUGUGCAGACUCUUACUGUGGUCGUCAUUUCUCCAGAGCAAGCUGAUAAAGGUCUCAAGUGUCCUGUGUGUUUGCUGGAGUUUGAGGAACAAGAGACAGUUCGAGAAAUGCCUUGCAAACAUCUUUUCCACUCGGGAUGCAUACUGCCCUGGCUGGGCAAGACCAACUCCUGUCCACUGUGCCGGCUUGAAUUGCCAACUGACAAUCCAGAGUAUGAAGACUUUAAAAAAGACAAGGAGAGAAGAAAACAGAGGGAGCACAGGCUGGAAGACCUACAUGGAAGCAUGUACACAUGACUGAACUGUGCUGUGGUGCACGUGUGCGGCACAGUAACAUUUUAUAGAAAAUGAUCCGAAAAGUUUUCAGGAAAUGCAUAAUACUGCAUUCAUGCCAUUUCGUGCAGAAUUUAAUUUAAAGCAUGCAGCUGGGGAACAAAUCUUGUCUGCCUCAUAUCUGGAGUUAUGAGUCAGAAAUAGUACAAAUUUAAUUAAUAUCUACCAUUGGGCAAAAAGAAGAACAAGCGGCAAAGCAACCGUCACUGACAGAUCUAUCUAAACAGUAGAUACGAGUAAAAAUAAUAAAAUAUGUACACAAUCCUAAAAAAGAAAAGACAUUUUUUUUUGGUUUGACCGCUAGGCUAGCAAUUGGGGUAACCAUCUUGGACUAAAGUGUGGCUGCUCCUGUUCGGGUGACAGACAACAUUCCUGCUCUUUCCAUUCAUUUGACGUGGCAUGAAUGCAGCAUUAGCAACGGGAUCAUUGAAAAUGUUCAUAUUUCAAUUGGAUAAAUGUUGUUUUCUAUGUAGUUAGAAUGAAAGUAUUUUAAAACUUCUGUUCAGCUGAAUUUGUCAAAUUAAUAUGAUUUAUUUAAACAAAGGAAUAUAUUUCAUCGACUCUUUUUGUUUUUCCACUAAAAUAAUGUAUACAAUUUGAGAGAAUUACAUUUUGAAAGUGCACUCCAGCAAUGCAAUAUGAAUAGUAUACACUUAUAUUCUGCAUUUAAUGUCAGACCAUCGCGGUCGGGUGAAUCCCCACAACUCUCCAGCCCCGCAUCACACAGGCUUUCAGUUAAUGUCACGUGAUGCUUGAGGAGGGAACUCCUUUCUUCUGGCCUCGACCGAGAAACAAUUAUUAACAUAACCAGUUUGGUCCGGAUUGGUUUCGAUGCUUCUCCAUCACAUGUAGAUUUAUACCAUUUCUAUACGACAGCAAUAAUCUGGGAAACACCCAUGUUUGCUUUUUGUGCACGUGGUGACACACACUAUAUUGAACCUGCAACCUUGCUGACUCAACUUUGUGUGUGUGUGAGAAGUUUGCCAUACUUUCUCAUAUGCCAAAAGUUGUUUCUUUUUUUGUUUCUCCCAAAGACUUAGCUUAACCAUCGUUUAUUAGCUUCCGGAUAAUCCCAAUACUAUUCCACACUGUCAAUAUGUACUGUAUGACCAUGAUGUCAUCAUGUUGCUCUCGGUUUUAAGCAGCAAUUUAGUGACAAUAUUGUUGUUUAUAAGGACACAGAGGCAAUUUUCACUUUCAAGAACAACCCAUGCAAAACCUCUAAUUUAUCAUUUUUAUAUUGUGUUUGAAUAUAAAUCUCUGAAAAGAAAAUACCUAAAUGAUAGACAAAUCAUACAUAUUUACAGAAUGUAUUAAAGGAAACUAAAUCAUC